AUGUUCAACAUUCUCACAUCUCUGCUCUUGGCCGGCACGGCCCUGGCAGCCCCGUCAACCCUAGACCUUCGCGCGGAAGAAACAUGCACCGAUAAGUCGAUCAAGACCACACAAUGGACUGUCGGCGACUUUGACUUCCAUGCUUCUUACAUCUUUACCACCCCUGCCCAUCAGAACUCCUGGGGCUACGUCAACUUCACUCUGGAGAACCCCAACGUUGCAUUCAAGCCCCAGUGCUCGGCCGCCUCCAACCAGCUGAAUGAUUUCUUCUAUGGCAACCUCAUCUAUAAUUGCGUCCAGCCCGAAUCCGGAGACCCUGCUACCUUCACCUUCUCGUGGCCCGAGAAGGAGCUCAAGGUCAACCAGACAUGGGCGUGUCCUGAAGAGGGCAGCCGCUUCUGGGCUCAGGGCGGUUCCAAGCUCGACUUGACCUGCACUGAUGAAACCUGGCAGAACGAUAACUGGACGAUUGGCCAGAUCUAUUCUUCUCGCACCAUCAGCUGCAACCACAUUAAUGCCCCGGUUCCUAUCGAGGCCAUGCAGGCUGUUGCAUAA